CGAGUAUUCUAGGUACAGGGAUUUACGUCGAAGAUUCUUCAAUGCGCUCUGUAGGGUACUAGGCAGAGCUAUUUGGGAUUCCAUAGGAACCCACCAUUAUGUGAGCCACUCACGGUCUGAAUGGCGCCGAAGCGCGCUUUAAUCACAUUCGUUGGCUCGUGGGGAUGUAACUUUUCUUGGAGACGAGGCGUGCGAUCUUGCCCAAGGAUAAUGAAAUGCGUCUGGCAGGUUGUUGCGAUCUACUCUUAGAUUUAGUCACUGUUCGAUCUACUAUUCAAGGCCUUGUUGAAAAGACCAUCACUUCCUGGUUGAGCCCACUUUCCCCGAUCUCAUCUCUCUCCCUCUUCGCCCUAGCCUGUGCUCUUGACGACGCAAACAAUGGCUGAAUCGAAUGGACCCAAGAUCGUCAUCGCACUAUGGGUGCAAACCGCUGUACCUUUCGUCUUCAUGAUGUUAAGGUAUUACUGCAAGGCGCGAUAUACCAAAGUGUUUGGUUGGGACGACUGGCUCUUAGCGGCCUCCUGGGUGCUGGUACUCAUUUACACUGCUUUGAUCCACGUAUCGGUUCACUGGGAAAUCGGAAAACACUUCAUUGAUGCCGAUCCUGUCAAACUUGUCGUAGGCGUCAAGUAUAUGUAUGUUGGAGAAGCAUUUGCCUUGCUUGCAAUGCCCUUGGGCAAAACCUCGUUCUGUAUCACUUUGCUACGAUUGACUGCGGUCAAAUGGCACAAGCACAUCAUCUGGUUCAUCAUUGUCUCCAUCAACAUCAUGAUGUUGGCAGUCACUGCAAUGACUUUUGGGCAAUGCACACCUGUGGAGAAGCUUUGGGACGUGAUGCUUCCUGGCCACUGCUGGGACAAUCGCAUUGUGAUCUACUUCUCCAUCGCCGUUGGGGUUUACUCUUGUCUCGUUGAUGUUGUGCUUGCUGUCUGCCCAUGGCUCAUCAUCCACAACCUCCAGAUGAACAAGCGAGAGAAGUUCGGUGUAAUUCUCGCCAUGAGCAUGGGUUGCUUGGCCAGCAUCGCCUGCGCUAUCAAGACAUCUUAUCUACCUAAGAUCGGAACCUGGGCCGACUUUACGUUCAACAUCGCCGAAGUGCUGAUUUGGGGUCUCGCCGAAUCCAGCAUCACUAUCGUCGCAGCGUCGAUCCCCUUCCUCCGCCUAUUGGUUCGCGAAGUACAGUCCAAGUCAGGAAGCAGCGCGAAGAAAUCCGGCGCAACGUCGUAUCACCUUCACGACCGCUCAAAAGGUACUCUUGGUACGAGGAGCAACAUCAAAGCACAAGGGCACGUUUACGAGCACGAGUUGGGAAAGAAGGAUGAUGAUGGUAGUGAUAAGAGCAUACUUGGUGAAUCUAGGGGCAAUCAAGGCCAGAUCUUGCAGACUCAAGAGAUCAGGGUCGAGUAUGGCGAAUCGACGGAUGACAAUAGCAUGAACGGAAAAUCCUCGAAGUUUUCGUAUCAUUAAGAUUUAUUCUUGAUAUUGCAUUCCCGCUCUAUCUAUAGUUCUAAUCAGGGUCAUGGGCGUGAAGGGGCGUUCUACGGCGCACAACACAAAAGCUUGGAGAUAUAUCAACCGGUCGAAAUUCGGGACGUUGAGAAGACAACACUGCUAUAAAACGAGCGUUUGAUACUCCUUUCUGGAAAGGGGAUUAGGCCUUGAUUUAUUUAACGUCGUUGCUCAUAGUAUCAACUCUUAUCUGCGAAAAUAUUCGCUCAUGCGUUAGACCAGGGAUGUACUUAACACUCUCAUUGUCUGUACCUUAUUGAAACCCUUUUGAAGGUAACACGUCUUUGUUUAUCUACAAUUC